AUGGCACGCUUGAUCUUGAGAUUGGGAUCUAAAUCUGAGGUUUUUUACCGUGAUGGCCAGACCUGGUUGUGCUCGACUGGUCUUCCGAGUGAUCUUGUAGUCGAAGUCAGAGAUAUGGCUUUCCAUCUUCACAAGUUUCCAUUGCUUUCAAGAAGCCCCGUAAUAGCGGAUCGAAUUAAGGACUAUUGCGGUUUGGAUGACGAGAACUGUGUUCUGCAAUUCCAUGACAUACCUGGUGGAGCCAAGACCUUUUUGCUUGUAGCCAAAUUCUGCUAUGGAGUCAGAUUAGAGCUCAAUGCAAUGAAUAUAGUCGGUCUUCGGUGUGCUGCCGAGUAUCUUCAAAUGAGCGAAGAUCAUGGGGACGGAAAUCUUAUAACGCAGACUGAAAGCUUUCUGAAUGAAAUGUUUGGUCACUGGACGGACACGGUCAAAGCUCUUGAAACCUGCGAAGAGUUUCUACCAUAUUCAGAAGAACUUCAUAUUGUUUCCCGGUGCAUCGAUUCCUUGGCAAUGAAAGCUUGUGCAGAUACAAGUUUGUUCAGUUGGCCUUUAUCGGAACGUGGUAUUGCACAACGUCCAGAAGGCAGUCAUGUCUUAUGGAAUGGAAUAUGUACGACAGCCAAACCACGAACAUUGAGCGAGGAUUGGUGGUACGAAGAUGUGUCCUUCUUUAGAUUACCGCUGUAUAAAAGGUUGAUUAUAGCUUUCGAUUCAAGUGGCAUGAAGCCAGAGAGGAUUGCCGGUUCCGUUGUCCACUACGCAAAGACGCAUCUUCCAUUGUUGUGUCGGCAAUCGAGUUUCCAGGGUCGGAACAACGCUGCCCCUGUAUCAAUCGCGUCUCACCUAUCUGAUAUGGAUCAAAGGCAUCUCCUUGAAGAAAUAGUGGCAUUGAUACCUACCCAAAAGGGUGCCACCCCAACAAAUUUUCUGUUGAGGCUUCUCCGAACAUCGAUGAUUUUACGUGCAAGGCCACCGUGUCAAGAGAAGCUAGAGAGACAGAUCGGGGCUCAGCUGGAUCAAGCUGCUUUGGAAGAUCUUCUUAUACCGAACAUUGGGUACUCCAUGGAAACCCUUUAUGACAUUGACUGCGCUCAGCGGAUUCUUGAUCACUUCAUUCGAGUAGAUCAGGAGUCGCUCAACUCUAGUUCGAGUUAUGUCAUUGACGAGGGGCAGCUUAUGGGAGGUUCUCAUCCAUUGACCCCAAUGACCAUGGUGGCUACCCUGGUGGAUGGAUAUCUAGCUGAAGUGGCACCUGAUGUUAACCUGAAGUUGCCGAAGUUUCAAUCACUUGCAGCUGUCAUUCCUGACUAUGCCAGACCAUCAAAUGAUGGAAUUUACCGUGCAAUUGACAUAUAUCUUAAGGCACAUCCAUGGCUGAUAGAUUCCGAGAGGGAACAAAUAUGUGGUCUCAUGAACUGCCAGAAGCUCUCACUAGAAGCCAGCACUCAUGCAACCCAGAAUGAGAGGCUACCACUUCGAUUCAUCGUCCAAGUCAUAUUCUUCGAACAACUUAGGCUUCGGACAUCAAUUGCCGGUUGGUUAUUCGUAAAUCCAACCGGGAACAAUGCGUCAUCGACAUCCAUUGCGCGAGACCGUUCUGUGGAGGCUGAUGACAUAACGGAGCGGAUUUCGGAGCUUGAGAAAGAGUGCUUGAGCAUGAAAGAAGAACUCGAAAAGCUGGUGAAAACAAAGCGUGGUUGGAAUAUUUUCUUGAAAAAAUUCAGCUUUCGAUCAAAGUCCAAGUCCACCGAUCCGAAAACGGCAAAACCUUCUUCCGAUUCAAGGAAAUUGAAGCCCUGCGAUCCCAAAACAUCAGCUGCAAAAGUUUCGUUCGCAAACGGAAGUGAAAACUUCCACAAUGGUGAGUCUGAAUUGCAAGUUCUUAAAGAAAACUAACAAUGGCAAGUCUUCUCCUGCUUUAAAGUUUUCAGGCAGUAUUUAUAUAUUAGUCAAAAAGUUGAUUAGUCUUUAUAUUAGAGAACCGAGUAAUUUAACAUUCGAUAUACGUUGCUUGAACUCUAUUUUUCAUUAAGUACUCGUGUUCGAUAAUUUUAUUAGUAUAAGAUUAAAUGAAGAGUCGGAAUAUCAUAGAGAUCGAGCUCGUGUGCUCGAUAUUAA